AAACUUGGGAGUCACUGUAAAGUUUGUAAACGGCAAUGGGCAGACAUUUGGCACAGGCUACCAAGCAGUCCAAGGAAAGAACGGCCAUCUUGGUUCGAGAUAAGAUGGCACCGUUGAUGUAAGUUUAUCUAAAACAGCAAGAGUCAGAUUUCAAAAUGGUUCUUGGUAAGUUUUUACAAUGUCUGAUGUUAUUGACUGGGUACACGUUGGUGUUCGGAGACCCUCAGGCAUGUACGUAUACGGAAUCCACAAACUCCUACGAAUGCAACGCACAUAAUUGGGCCCUACCUCUGCAACUGGCACAGUUCAAUUAUACACCACAGGUUCUGUCUCUCGUGCAGGUCAAUGGCGAGCUACCAUCGUCGGCACCGAGUGGCCCAACAUUUGACGGAUUCGACGGAAUCGACAACUCAACCUUUGACCCUAACUAUGUACCCAGCCUCCACAUCCGGUGUGCUGCGACUGGUCAGCUCAUCCUGACAUCCGGAUCUUUUGCAAACAUGUCCCAUGUCCAAGAACUUCGAUUUUUCGACUGUGCAGUUUUAAAUCUUCCGGAUGCAGUGUUUAGUGAACUCAUAGAGCUCAACUAUCUCAGUUUCGAUGGCGGAUCAGUGAGUAACAUUGGUUUUGAUGUAUUUUCGGGUGUAAACAUUUACCCUAUGGCGGUACCUAACCCUUUGGGUGCUCUGGCCUUUCGGAACGCUCAGAUAACGUCUUCUGGACUUCCGAAUGGCGCACUUUACAACCUAGUGAAUUUCACGAAACUGAUAAUACAAAACUCCGCUCUACGUGUGCUACAACCGGAUAUGUUCAAAAAGUCGACAAAACUGACGCAUAUUUUAUUAGACAGCAACCCGUUUACGAAGAUCACAGACGGACUGUUCUCGGACCUCCAGGCACUGACAGUAGUGAGCAUGCGCGACAUCAGCUGGGAUUGUACGUGUCCGCAGAUGUGGUUCGAAGAUUACCUAACAGCAAACAACAUAUCCUUGUUAGGGGACAUUGUUUGUAACAGCCCUACUGACUACCAAAACAAACGUGCGAAGCAGUAUGACCUAGAUACGUGUCCCCAGCCUGACGCGUGCGGGGACCUACCUGGAAUCGUAGUUGGUAGUUUUUGCUUGACGUAUUGGGACAUAGUGGCCUACUCCCUCCACCCUUUCGCCGUCAUCAUGGCAGCUGUUGCACUGGGUCUGUCCAUCUACACCAGGCGACAACUUGAUUUCGUCAAAGAAGACCGUCAGGGGACGCGACCUCAGUUUGGUCUUCGCCAGGCUAGCGGCUCUGGAUGGAAAGGAGUCGUCAGUGAAAAACCCGGCGCCAAAUCUAAACCGAGAGCAGGACCGAAAGACAGCAGCAACGGACGGGACGAUGUUAAGUCGACGAAAAACAGCGAAAAACAAAGUGACAUGGGCGAUUCUGUGAAGGAAACGAACAAUAACGACGAUGUUACUAAAAUAAAUAAUGAUACGUCUGACGUCAUACACAAAGCUGACGUCCAGCUAUAGCUCCAACGAACACAUACAAAGCUGACGUAAUAGAACAAUGUAUCUAAGUAAAUAUCUAACGAACACAUGAAUAGGUGACGUCAUACCAUAAGAUUUUAAUGCCUUAUGUAGAAGGAGGCAUAUUUACAAUGUAAUGUCCGCUUAACGUUUUAACAUAUUACGGCAAUAAACAAAAGCUGGUCAUAUAGAAAAUGAAUUUGAAGAUCAAGCAACAAAAAACAAUUCCAACGCUUAUAUACAACGGACGUCAAACUCGAUUCAUUUCUUCUGAUACCAUACAAAAACAUUGUAAAACUUUAUCUACAGUUGAUUGUUGGGUUAAAAUAUGUGUAUCAGCCGAUUUACAUGAACGACAAUUGACGGCAGUUUAUUUACAUUUCCCAUUGACACAAUGCUAAGAGACAAUUGCUACCAUACGCCUAUAACACCCAUUGGGUCAUGUGACAUUAAAAAAGGACGGUAAUGGUUUUGUUGGUUCAGUUCCGCCUAUAACACCCAUUGGGUCAUGUGACAUUAAAAAAGGGCGAUAAUGGUUUUGUUGGUUCAGUUUUCCAAACAACAAAAGGAACAUAUGUGUUCAACUUUUCUUUAAACACUCGUAUCUUGGACUAUUUUCGUCGUUUGCUAUGAAAACAUCAAUAGUUUAAUAAAACUUCUCCCUCAUAUACUU